AUGAGUUCCAUUGAUACCUCUUACAUUGAGGCCCUCGUGCAGGGCUUGGACUGGAAGAGCCUUGCCACUGCCAUUGUCGUGGUGCCUAUUCUUAGCAUCACUGCUUGGUGGAUUGUGUCAUAUUUCACUUCUCCCCUCCGAAAGUUUCCUGGGCCGACUCUGGCUGGCUGGACCAACCUUUGGCGUCUCUCCGUGGUCAGAAAAGGAAGCUAUCACGUCAAGAUCAAGGAGCUUCACAACAAAUAUGGCCCUGUUGUUCGAAUCGGACCCAACACUCUUGACUUUGACUUUCCCGAGUUGAUCAAGACUCUUUAUGGCACUGAUGGCAAGUGGAAGAAGACCGAGUUCUAUCACAACAACAGCGCCGUCGUCAAUGGCAAGAUCACCUACCAUCUCUUCAGUACCACUGAUCAGGCCGAACAUGCUCGUAUGAAGCGUCCCGUCGUUAAAUACUACUCCCAGAGCAGCGUCAUUGGGCUCGAGUCACUCUUUGACUCGCUCAUCGGCGACUUUUGCGGUCACCUUGAGAAAAGAUUCAUGAAUGGUACCGAGCCUACAGAAUGCGAUCUGGGAGAGUGGAUUGGUUUCUAUUCCUGGGAUGCCAACGGCGCUGCCUCCUUCAGCCAACGCUUUGGAUACAUGGACAAGGGCUAUGACUACGACGGCACCAUUUCCAUUGCCGACAAGGCUCUUGACUACUUCGCCGCUGUCGGCCAGAUGCCCUUCUUGGAUUUCCUCCUUGACAAGAACCCCGUCAUGCGAAUUGGUCCUCCCAACUUGGGUAACAUUACUCGCAUUUCUCUUGAACACUUGAUCUCUCGACUUCAGGGCAAGGAUACCAACUACAACCCCAAGGUCCCCGACUUCUUGCAGCACUUUAUCGAGUCCAAGGAGACUCAUCCUGACCUUGUCAAUGAUGGCAUCAUCAUGGGUUACCUGCUAGUUAACCUUCUUGCCGGAGCUGAUACUACUGCCAUCACCAUUCGUGCCAUCUUUUGGUACGCUCUUCAUAACCCUAGGGCGUACAAGAAGCUUGAAGAGGAAAUUGUUGCUGCGGAUUUGGCCGAUGUUGCUUCUUUCAGCUCUGCCCGUGCUCUGCCAUACUUGGAGGCCUGUGCCCGCGAGGCUAUGCGUAUGCACCCUGGUGUCUGCAUGCUCCUUGAGCGUUAUGUGCCCGAGACUGGUCUAAAGCUGCCCGAUGGUAGCUUUGUCCCUCCUGGUACCGCUGUGGGCAUUAACCCAUACGUCGCUGGCCGAAACAAGACCAUCUGGGGAGAGGAUGCUGACACUUAUCGCCCCGAACGAUGGCUCCAGGGCGAAGGCGAGACCGACGCUGCUUACAAGGAGCGACUUCGCCUUUACAAUGCUGCAGACCUUACCUUUGGAGGUGGUUCUCGAGUGUGCAUUGGACGCAAUCUUGCCCAGCUUGAGCUUUACAAGAUUGUGGCCACUCUGAUUAAAAAGUAUGAGAUCUCACUGGUGGAUCCUGACCAGCCUUGGGUUGUCACUGGCAGCUGGUUCCCUCGACAGAAGGGUCUCAAGUGUUACUUGAAGAAGCGAGAGUAG